CUUCGAGACGAGCACAUAUCAUCUUAUCAUACUCAUAACAUGGAUAGCCAUCAGAUCUAUCGCCACAAAAAAUUCGAUGUUGGUCGAAAAGUUGAGGAACUCGAGUUGCUCCUCAAGGAAGAGCUAAUCUCCCGAAGCGGCACACCCUGCACCAGUCGGAGUGCUUCCGAUGAAGCCGAUCAGUCCAUCAGCCUGGGAUUCAGUGAGGAUACUGAAUAUCCCCCACUGCCAAAGCGCCGUCGUUUGGGUUCCUCAUCCUCCAGCGUUUCCUACCACUCACCCAGUCCGAUCAUAACCGAGGCCAUCCAAGACAUCUUCAAGUACCACGUCAACAUGGUGCGCAAGUUUCCCAAGAAGGAGCGCACGCCUAAGGAUCAGGAGCGCCGGAACAAGAACACCAUUGCCUGCCGGAUGAGUCGGCGAAAGAAGAAGUUCGAUGACCUGCAGAUCGAACAGCAGUACAAGGAGUGCUCCUCCGAACACCUCAAGAUCGCCGAGCAGAGCCUGCGAGCCAGGGUCUAUCUGAAUCACCUGAAGCAGCUGGUCAAGCAGGAGGAUCACCACCCGCUGCCAUCUCCAAGGAGAAUCCCGGAAGAUAGUCCCAAGAGAAACUUUACCAUCGACUACCUGAUUGGUGGCAUUAAGCAGGAGAACGUUUAG